UCAAAUUGAUCAAAUUGUCAUCGAGUUGUUUCACUGGCUUAACCGUGUCGAAUCAGACUCAAAGUCCACCGGAGGAAAUGUUACCUACACGAUUCUCUCUUUGACUUUUUGGAAUCGUCUUUUCCAACAGGAAGUAAAUAUUAAACACGGUAUCACACGGUAACUUGCGUUUGGAUCACACGGCACUGGACCACGGCGGUCCCAAGUUGGAUUUGACAGUACCAUUGCUAACGUUACCAGCAAGACAAGAGAGAAAACGGAUUUUUAGACCGACUACCAGGUUAACCGAACCAGAAAGUUCGGUCCGGAUGGUGUUGUCUGUACAAAUUCAGGUGGUUGACAGUCGGACGGGCACUGUCGCCAUGGGCAACCGGGGGAUGGAGGAUCUGAUCCCCUUGGUGAAUAGGCUCCAGGACGCCUUCAGCACCAUUGGCCAGAGCUGCAACCUAGACCUGCCGCAGAUAGCUGUCGUUGGCGGUCAGAGCGCAGGCAAGAGCUCUGUCCUGGAGAACUUUGUGGGCAGGGACUUCCUCCCCCGGGGUUCUGGCAUCGUCACCCGCAGACCCUUGGUCCUCCAGCUUAUCUCUGCCAGCACAGAGUAUGCAGAGUUUCUCCACUGUAAGGGGAAGAUGUUUUCAGACUUUCAGGAAGUUCGCCAGGAGAUCGAAGCAGAGACUGUGAGACUCACUGGAACCAAUAAGGGCGUCUCUCCUGUCCCCAUCAACCUACGAGUUUAUUCCCCUCACGUGUUGAACCUAACCCUGGUGGAUCUGCCUGGCAUUACCAAAGUGCCUGUAGGAGACCAGCCGGCUGAUAUAGAGUACCAGGUGAGGGACAUGAUCAUGCAGUUUAUCUGUAAAGACAACUGUCUGGUCUUGGCUGUGACUCCAGCUAACAUGGACCUGGCCAACUCCGACGCUCUCAAACUGGCCAAGGAUGUGGACCCUCAGGGCCUGCGGACCAUAGGGGUGAUCACUAAGUUGGAUCUGAUGGACGAGGGAACGGAUGCCCGGCACAUACUGGAGAACAGGUUACUGCCACUACGCAGAGGUUAUAUCGGGGUUGUGAAUCGUAGUCAGAAGGACAUUGAUGGGAGGAAGGACAUUAAGGCAGCUCUGGCUGCAGAGAGGAAGUUCUUCCUGUCUCACCCUGCAUACAGACACAUGGCUGACAGCAUGGGUACCCCCUACCUACAGAGAGUCCUGAACCAGCAACUGACCAAUCACAUCCGAGACUGUCUGCCAGUGUUCCGCAGUUGUCUCCAGAGCCAGCUCCUAGCGCUGGAUAAAGAGGCUGAGGAGUACAAACACUACAGAGCUGACGACCCAGCACGCAAGACAAAGGCCCUACUACUGCUGAUGCAGCAGUUUGCAGCAGACUUUGAGAAGCGUAUUGAGGGCUCAGGAGACCAGGUGGACACUAAAGAACUGUCAGGAGGAGCCAAGAUCAACCGCAUAUUCCACGAACGCUUCCCCUUCGAACUGGUCAAGAUGGAAUUUGAUGAGAGGGAGUUGCGGCGGGAGAUCAGCUAUGCCAUCAAGAACAUUCACGGCAUCAGGACAGGCUUGUUUACUCCAGACCAGGCGUUUGAGGCCAUAGUGAAGAGACAGAUAAUCAAGCUGAAGGGUCCCUGUAUUAAAUGUGUGGACAUGGUCAUCCAGGAGCUGAUCAACACUGUACGCCAAUGCACCACCAAGUUGGGUUCCUUUCCAAGACUGCGAGAGGAGACGGAGAGAAUUGUUACCACAAACAUCCGAGACAGAGAGAGUCGAGCUAAAGACCAGGUCCUGCUGCUAAUCGAUGUACAGGUGGCCUACAUCAACACUAACCAUGAGGACUUCAUUGGCUUCGCUAAUGCGCAGCAGAGGAGCGCUCAGACUAAUAAGAAGAGCAUUGCAGGAAACCAGGGUGUGCAACCAGUCUCCAGUCUAAUAGUCAUCCGUAAGGGCUGGCUGACCGUCAACAACAUCAGUAUCAUCAAGGGCGGUGCAAAGGAGUACUGGUUCGUCCUGACCGCUGAGAGCCUGUCCUGGUUCAAGGAUGAUGAGGUUUCGUUGACAAACUGGUUAAAGGAUUCUCAAUGUCUCCUCCCCUUUCUCGACCUGAGUGAAGGGUGACGGGGUCGCACGCAUGUGCACGCACACACACUGGCUGUCCUCUUCUAUUGAUCUGGGUCCUGUUCUGGUCGCGUCUCGGCCCGGUCCAGUGUGUGCCGGGGAUCUGAGGGGCUGCGUCCGAGCAAACGAGUAUCCAGCCUCGACGUGGCACAUUCACUCUCACCACUGGGGAUCUGCCAGUGCACUUAGUGAAGGCAUAACGAAAAAAGGGGGGAAAGGGAUGGAAGAAGGGAGGGACUGAGGCGCCAUAUAUGGGUUGUUGGGACCCUUGGGAAUCAACUUUGGAGUGGUCUGCAGUUUCUCUCUCUCUCUCUCUCGCUCUCUUUCUCAAGCGGUACCAGAUGUCUGUCGUCUGUCGGAGCGCCAGCCUCUCUCUGUAUUUUUUUCUGCCUUUCUAACAGGAAGUGGGCCCCUCUGGAAAAAAUAGAGCGGAAUGAAGGAAGAGUUGCAGGGUUCAGGAGAGACCAACACACACACACUAGCGUGUGUGAGACAGACUGUCACCUUUCAGUCUUUUUUUCUUCUUUCAUCUUUACCUUUCCUGCUCAAUGGGGCACUCCUUUUUAGGCCAUAUCUUCAUCCCUUUCUCCAUCCCUCCUCCAUCUCUCUCUUUCUCCAUCUUCCCCCUUCUCUCCAUCUCUCCUACCAUCCUUCCUCUCUCCACUUUUUACUGUAGCGGCUUCCUGAGAAUAGCCCCUCUGGAAGGGGGAGUGGAGUGGAGGAGAGGAUAAGAGAGGGGAGGAGAAGGGUGGACGAGAAGAGAGAGGGGAGCAGGGUGGCGAGAGAAACGUGGAGAAGAGCGAGGGGAGGAGAAGAGAGGGGAUGGAGAAAUUUUGUUUUAGAGCUUCACUUUGAGCAAUGACUUUCACAUGUAGGAUGGCUUCUUUCCCUCCCUAUCUUGUUCUCUUUCCUCAUCUCACUCACUUUUCCUUCCCUGUUUUAUUCUCUCCUUUUCUCUCACUCACUCCAUUAUUUUCCACUAUCCCCAUAUAUUUUCUGUCAUUCUCUCUGUUUUGCUUCAUUUCUCCAACUUUUUACUUUCGUUCGUAACUUCUAAUGAUGACAGUGUGUAGACUCAUGCCUCCCCUCCUAAACACACACACACAAACGCAUCACUGUAAUGUAGAGUAGUCCAGUCCCUUUAUGUAUCCUAGCUAGCUCUGUUUCUCUGCUGUUUCCACCAUAGAGAAGAAUGUUAACAAACCAAUAAGACGCCUCCCCCCCAUGCUAUACUUAAGCAAUACGGCCCGGGGGGGGGGGUGUGGCCAAUAUACCACGGCUAAGGGCUGUUCUUAAGCACAACACAGAGUGC